AUGAGACAUAUUAAAUCGGUCGUUGUUGGAGAUGGAGGAGUAGGUAAGACAUGUUUACUUAUCUCCUACACUAAUAAUACGUUUCCUAAUGCUUACAUUCCUACCGUAUUCGAUAACUAUUUGGCGAGUGUAAUGAUUGAUGGUGAGCAUAUCAAACUUGGAUUAUGGGAUACAGCAGGUCAAAGUGAAUAUGAUAGAUUAAGACCUUUAAGUUAUCCUCAAACAGAAAUCUUUUUAUGUUGUUUUUCAGUUGUAAGUCCUGAUUCAUAUCAAAAUGUUAAGUUGAAGUGGAUACCUGAAAUCUUGCACCAUAGUCCAAAAGACAUAUUAAUAAUAUUGGUGGGGACAAAAGUUGAUUUAAGAGAUGAUCCUCAUGUAUUGGAUGCAUUGGCAGAAAAGAGUCAAAAACCAAUUACUUAUGAUCAAGGAGUGAAAUUUGCAAAGGAAUUAGGCUGUGUUAAAUAUAUGGAAUCAUCAGCUGCUACUCAAUAUGGUGUAAAAGAAAUCUUUGAUUUUGCUAUUAGAGCAGUUUUAGAUUUUCCUUUCACUAAAAAUGAAUUUGUUACCGAUACCUCGACUCCAUCCACAGCACCUAAUAAUCAAUCUAAAGGGAAAUCAACAUCAAAUGGUGCAACUCCUCAAAGACGGAAAGUUAGAAAGGCAAAGAAGUGUACAAUUUUAUAA